GGAAAGGGGAAAGGAGGGGGGCGGUUCUGAGGAUGCUAAGGGGCGGGGCUGUAAGGCGGGGGCGGAGCCCAGGAGGAGAGUAGAAGCCCCGCCCCCGCCCCUCUCCUCCCACUCGCUGAAUCUCCGCUUCUCUCCGCGUGUCUCACUUCGCCCUGGAAGGAUCGGCGCCGGAUCCCUCGGGAGAGGCUUCUGGAUCCCGCUCGGGGCAGGUCGGGCUGCUCCCCCUCCGGCCUUUGCGGCGCCCCUCCCGCCAGGAGAGCUUCCCCCCCCGCCAGGAGAAAGCAGAAAAGAGCUGCCAAUCAGUUAUGGAGAAAUCAAACCGGUCAGCAGUGAGGGUCAUCCCUGGCGUUGAUUCAGAGGGGGAACAACUGACCCAGAGAUUUCUUAGCUGCAGUUUUAAUGGAUCUUCCCAGGUAUUGAUGUCAGUCUGAAAGUCAACUAUCAACAGAUAACAGAAAAUCAGCACAAGGCAGCAGUCGACAGAAAGAAUGAAGGGUGGGAAACUCUUGGAUGCCCCGUCAGACACAGGCAGCACUCCAGAAAACCACAAAAAAACCCAUCAAUGCUCAGAGUGUGGGAAAUCCUUUGCUCGCCGGUCCCUCCUUUUGACCCACACGAAGGUCCAUGUGGGAAGUGGAUCCAGUCAAGCUUUGGAAGGUGAGAAAUCCUUUUCUGGAAAACACAUGAAAAAUCUCAGACGCCCCCCCAGACUAAAACCUCAUAAAUGUGAGGAAUGUGACUUAUGCUUUGGUCAAAAGUCACACCUUCUUACACAUCAGAAAACCCACACUGGAGAGAAACCCUAUCAGUGUCUUGAAUGUGGGAAAUAUUUUUGUGAGAAAGCCACCCUCAGAAACCACGAGAGAAUUCACACAGGGGAGAAGCCUUACAAAUGUUGGGAAUGUGGAAAGAGCUUUUCUCAGAACGCAAAUCUUUGGAUGCAUGAGAAGGUUCAUGCAGGAAUAAAAUCGUACAAAUGCUUUGAGUGUGGGAAAUGUUUCACCCAUAGUUCAGGUCUUCGGACUCAUGAGAAAACACACAGAGGGGAGAAAAAGGAAAAGUGCCUCGAAUGCGGGAAAUGUUUUUACCAGAAAUCACACCUGAUGCGGCAUCAGAGACUUCACACCAGAGACAGACCCUAUGAAUGCCCAGAAUGUGAGAAGCGAUUUACAUUUCCUUAUGAACUUCGGAGACACGAGGAGAGGCACAAAGGAGAGUUACGCUAUCAAUGUGGGGAGUGUGGGAAAAGUUUUAGUUUCCGAGGAGAACUUCAGAUUCAUCAGAGAAUCCACACAGGGGUAAAACCUUACAAAUGUGGGGAGUGUGGGAAAUGUUUUUCACAAAAACAACACCUUGGAACGCAUCAGAGAGUCCACACAGGAGAGAAGCCGUACAGAUGCGUAGAAUGUGGAAAGUGUUUUACUCAAAAGGGAGACCUUUGGAGACAUCAUAAAACCCACACAGGGGAGAAGCCACAUCAAUGCAACGAAUGUGGACGAUUCUAUCGUACCUCUUCUGCCCUUAAAAGUCAUGUGAAAAUUCACACAGGGGAAAAAAACUACAAAUGUUUAGAGUGUGGGAGAACAUUUGCUGAUGCGUCUUCCCUCAGAAGCCACAGCCGAAUCCAUCCGGGAGAGAAGCCCCAUAAAUGCUCGCAGUGCGAUAAAUGUUUUUCUCGGAAAGAUACUCUUGUUAUCCAUCAGAGGAUCCACACUGGAGAGAAACCAUACAAAUGUCUGGAGUGUGGGAAAUGUUUUGCCCAUCCUUCGUCACUUCGCAUACAUACUAGAUAUCAUACAGGAUAGAGGCCUUAUAAGUGUGUAGAGUGUGAGAAAGCUUUUCAUUGUACAUCAGAGUUAAAAAUGAAUCCGAAUGUCCAUAGCAGAGAUAAACCUCUUCCGCUGUGAACGUUGAAAACAUUUCUUUUUCAAAAGUCACAUCUUAACAUUAACCAGGAACAUCACACAGUGGCAGAAAGGAAAUCCUACUAUUGGGAAAAAUGUUUUUCCUACUCAAGUAGCCUUAAACACCAAAAUCAAAGAAAACUACAUCUAUGUUGGGAGUGUUAGAAAGUUUGGCACACAAAGCAGCAGCACUAGUACCUUAACAGAUUA